UUAAUGAACGCUAUGACAGUAUAAUCCCCGCUGCUUUAGUGGCAGCGCGAGAGAAGCUACUAGCAGAUAAGCGAAAAUAUAUUCUAUCGUUUAUCUGUUCAUUUAACCACAGAAGUAAUGGACAAUUCCGGUAAAGAAAAGGAGGCAAUUCAGCUUAUGGCUGACGCCGAUAAAAAAGUGAAGUCUUCCGGCUCUUUUUUAGGAGGAAUGUUUGGGGGAAAUCAGAAAGUGGAAGAGGCUUGUGAGAUGUACGCCAGAGCGGCCAACAUGUUCAAAAUGGCCAAAAACUGGAGUGCUGCAGGCAAUGCUUUCUGUCAGGCGGCCAGACUUCACAUGCAGCUUCAGAAUAAGCACGAUUCGGCCACCAGCUACGUCGAUGCGGGAAACGCCUUCAAGAAGGCAGAUCCACAUGAGGCUAUCAAGUGCUUAAACGCAUCCAUUGAUAUUUACACAGACAUGGGAAGAUUCACCAUCGCAGCCAAGCAUCAUAUCACAAUCGCUGAGGUGUACGAGUCCGAGCUGGUGGACAUUGAGAAGGCGAUCGCUCAUUAUGAACAAGCUGCUGACUAUUACAAAGGAGAGGAAUCCAACAGCUCUGCAAACAAGUGUCUGCUGAAGGUGGCUUCAUACAGCGCUCAGUUAGAACAGUACGCCAAAGCAAUAGAGAUUUAUGAGCAGGUUGGAUCCAACACCAUGGACAAUCCCCUUCUGAAAUACAGCGCCAAAGAAUACUUCUUCAAAGCUGCUUUGUGUCACUUCAUCGUGGACGAGCUAAACGCAAAGCUCGCUAUUGGAAAGUAUGAAGAGAUGUUUCCAGCCUUCUCAGAUUCAAGAGAAUGCAAACUUCUAAAGAAACUUCUAGAGGCCCAUGAGGAGCAAAACGCAGAGGCUUUCACAGAAGCGGUGAAGGAGUUUGACUCCAUCUCACGCCUGGACCAGUGGCACACCACCUUGCUCCUGCGGAUCAAGAAGACCAUUCAGGGCGACGAGGAGGGGGACCUCAAAUGAUCUGGACCACCCACUGCAUGGCACACUCUUUCCCCACGUCCAUUUCACAUCAGUUUUGUGCAAUGGCCAAGUCCAGGUUUCCCAAAACAGUAUGUCAAAAUGUAUUGCUACAACAUUUCUAGAGAAUAUACUUCUAAGCCUGUACUGUUAACAUUGAUAUCCAGUUAUAUAAUAUAGCACAUAUCAAAAUUUAGCACAGCAGUUGAAAGAUGUGCUCUGGUUUCCCUGUUGCGUUACGAGGAUAUUUCUGGAAACACGGAGCGAACUGGUUCGUGAGAUUUAAGGGAGUUUGAGAUAGUCCUCUGGUUAUUUCGCAACAGUCACUGAAUUGUAACGUGCUAGAGCUGCAUGAAUUGUACAGAUAUAAUUAUCGAGUCAGUGCUGCAGGAUCGUGUGUUUUGAAUAAUGUUAUUUAGACAUUGUCUUUAUUUGUGCAGUUUUUGUAGUCUGCUCACACUAGUUGGCAUGCAGGCCUCAACGCAGCUGUCGUCCAUGUCUCAUUUUAAUCAGACAUUCAUGCAGCGCUGAGAAUUUCACUUUCCCAUAAUCCACCAUUUUGAAUUGGAGUUUAAAUUCUUACAAAACAAUGUCUUAAUCAUGUCAUACCUGAUGGAAAUGAUUUCUUUUUAAUCGACUUUUGGAUUGUUUUCUUAAAUAUAUAUUUAUUUAAUUUAAUUAUUAUCUGAAAUAUUAUUAUUAUUAUUACUGUAAUGAUAUUAUAAAUAUUAUAAACAUUAUUAUUCUCAUAACAUUAGUUAAAAUCCAUUUAACUAUCUAUUUUUACACCGUCUGUUAAAUCUCCAUCAGCAAAGCAAUUGAUGCGUUUGUAAAAUCCUUGUAUAACCUUAUUAACAUGCUCUAUGUGUGUGUCGUGUUGUGAAUACAAAGCUCAUGUACUCUCCACUCCUGUGGUCUUUAGCAGCGCAUGUCAUUCUGUGUUUCACGUGUCGUGACGUCUGUAUUUUACCAUAUUCUAGAGUUUUUAAGAAGCCAUGAAGACGUACCAAACAAUGUACUUUCCCACAGAGCAGCUGAUGUCUUUACUGAAUGUCUGUGAGAAUGUACAGAAAUAAAAACCCAUAUUCAAUUGGGUACAUGA